CAGGCACACACAUAGGCAAACACAUUAAGGUCGAGCUCUUAUUCACACAGAUACACUGACAAUUAUGAUUAUGUUAUUAUGAUUAUAAUUAUAAUUAUUAUGUUAUUGUGAUUAUUAUUAUGAUUAUGAUUAUAUUGUUGUUGUUAUUGUUGUUAGUAUUAUUAUUAUCAUUAUUAAUAUUAUUAUAAAAACUUACAAUAAAACAAUACACCACCUUUACCAAAAAAAAUACCUUUACAAAGCUCCUGCAUUUCUCAUGCAUGUUGACAAAGCCAGACAGGUGACAAUUUUUACUUGAAUUAAUUGUAUAAGUUGUUGUGGUUGCUGGUUAUAUACUGGAAUUCAUAAUAUAAUUUUUUUUUCAAUAUUUUGCCUCUAUAUUUUGUCCCCUUUUUGAUGAAGGGUACAAAAUAUAGGCCUAGAAUUAUAGAACAUACCAGUAGGCUACACUUUUACCACCUACAACAUCUUCAGUUUAAAUCCAAGAGUCUUUUGCGCAAAAAUAAGAUUAUUGCAGAGCUUUUGUAUUAGUUUGCAUUAUACGUAUUUCCCAGGUGUUCAUAAAGUCAUAAUCUUUUUACAGCCCACGUUUGUUACACAUUCAGACGUCAUUCCUCUCUUGCAUCCCUGUGCUGCACUCCCUCGUUUUAUCACUGGGGAGAGCCAGAGUGCCAUAAAUCUGUAGCUCCUAUCGACGCCCCUCAGCUGCCGGCGGGACACGGAGACGGAAUGGCAACAAACGAAGGUACUCUGACUAAUGAUUGAAUAAGCGUUCAGGAUCAGUUUGCGCAAUAUUAACACGCCUUUGUGCCUUCACAGACGAAAUCCCCGAAGAUGCUUCAUGACUUAGCGUGAGCUUCUUCUCACAAAACUUCGACUUUUACGCGCACAUGACAUCAACCAAACUUCGGUGGGAACGGAGUCGUCUUUGAAGCCGGAGACACUUCACUUGACGAAGAAGGUACGACUGCUGUGUGCCUGACAUAAACUAUCUCUUUCUGUGAUUAACUGGAAGUAACGAAGAGUAAACGGAGACUAACAUAGAUGCGUCAGAGCGGGUGUUUGGUUUUGUGUGUGCGCAAGAAAGACAUAUGCGUGUAUGUGUGCGUGCGCUUGUAUAUGUGUGUGAGAACACGUUACGACAGGGAGGGCACCAGAUAAUUACAGGCUGCUCAAACGGUUUGGGGACUUAAGCAGAACAGAAGUCGCUGCCAACAUACACACCUGCAAAGCAUUGCUUCGCCUCAGGCUCAAAAGAAGACAGUCUUCAUCACUGUCUGUUUCUCUGUCUGUAUAUUUGCCAUUCAUCCCCACACCGCCCCCUCCCUUACACACCUUGUUGAAUGUGUGCUUUAUAUGGCUGAUGUCUGGUAGGUGUGUGCGGUUGGUGAGAGAUUUUAGUUAGCUGAGCUUCCCAGUUUGUUUUAGAUUAGCUCCUAGGACGGUUGAUUAAGCUCAGAAAAGCAAAGCAAAUGAACAAAGAAUGCAGAACAUUUUCCACUUGUAAGUAGACUGUGUGGAAUUAGCCUCAUGAUCAACUGAGAGGUCAUCACCGAAGACAGAAAAGUAGAAACAGACCUUAAACUCAACAUACUAAACAUAUAGCUGCUUCAUACUUAUUUAUAUACCAACCAGUCAUGCCAAAAAGCAGCAGCAAUGAAAAGCUGUGUUUUUUUAAUGUUUCCUGCUCAGUAUUUAGUGCCCAACUUUCUCACAAGGGCAGUUUUAUGUGCAGGGAAGGAGGCAUGGAAAAGAAGACCUUUCCUUUUGAGCUCACAGAUUUGCAGUAAUUACAGAAUCACUUCCAUAUGUGGCUCUCUGGCUGCCUUCUCGCUGCCCCCACCACCCCUCUCUUCCCUCUCUUUCCCUCUUUCAUUUGCAUUCUCCCCUAUUCCACAUUUUUUUCAGCUUUUCAUUUUUUGGCUUCUCCUCAUGUGCUCAGAGCAUUCUUCUUUGUAAAACCACAGCUUAAACAAAGUUUAUGAUAAUCAGAACAUCCUGGUAUUUUUGGCCAUCGGCGCUUUUUUGGUGAUUCAAUUAGACCCCGCUUGCCAAAUAAAAAGUUAGAGAGAGUUAGUGACGGAAAGAGACAUGGACAGGAGAGGGGAAAUGUUGAAGAAUAGGGAAAUAUGAAAAAAGAGAGAAGGUAGAAGGAUUGGAGCUCGGUGGAGAAUUGGCGAAGCUGGAGCGGUGCGUGAAGAAGGGAGAGGUGGAACAGAAAAUGAGGCAAAGAAAGAAAAGCGGGAGGGAGGGCUGGAGUAAUGCUUUUUGACAGAGGUGGGUUCAAGAUGGGUUCAUGGUGACAUCAUGGCUGAUUUUUGAGAAGAAGUAUAGACAGGAGAGCCGUUCACCUUUCAUUGGAUACACAUGUCGUGGACUGGGCCGAGUGCUCAUAUGCUGGCACAAGCCCUGGUAGCUGUGUCGACAGCUUCUGAAUGCACCCCAAAAUAUGCACACACACUCCUCCACACAAAGUCCUCUUUUUAUUUUCUCUGCAUCUUUUUUUUUUCCCUCUGACUUUCUUCUGCAAUAAAAAAGCUUUUGGCUCUUUCUUCCCUUCUCUUCUCUCUCUUGCUCAUUUGUUUUUGUUAGAGAGCACAUAGUGGCGUGUGCCCUUCAGUCCCUUACACAUACAUUUCUCCUUUGCCAUGAGUAAGUCAUUUUCCUGUGCGUACUCCUCUGUGUAUGUUUUUACUUCAAGGCAGUUGGACUCUAAAUGAGCACACUUUGCCAGGCGGGAUGAAUGAGCUCCUUCAUUUCACAGGAUGUGUGUUUAAGUCUGUAACCAAGAAAGCACAAGCAAGUGUAUAUUUGUGUGUAUGUGUGUGUCUGUGUGUAAAUGACUGUGUGUCCCUUGCCUGCCUCAGUGUGGCAGCUAACUUUGCAUGACAUCAAUCUGAAUGUAGGGAAAUAGUGAUCUCAUUACAGGCAUCUUGUUACUGAUUAAAACCUGCCGCCACAGGCACCAGCUCCAUGCGCCCCUUCUCACCUCGCCGCCACCAAUCCCAUCAAUCCCCUCUCCCUCCGCAAUCCCCAUCCCUCUCUCAAUCUUUUCCUCCCCUUCUUUUUUGUCCUAUUUCACACCCCUUACUCUCACAUUCGUUGUAGCUAUCACAGGUCCUCUUGCGUCCCUCUUUCCCCCCUCUCUUUAACCCCUCUAACCUCACUUCCUCCCUUCCUUGCUCUUCCCAUUAUCCCCCUCUUUUCCUCCUUCCUUUCUGCCUCUUAAUGCUAUUCCUCUGCCAACCAGCCCCAGGCCUCUCCUCCAUAGCUCAGCGAAUGCAAAUACAUUGAAUCCAAAGUGGAAACACACGACAGAGUACGAUGAUUCCAUGAAUAUUUCAUAUCUUCAUAAACACACCCAGAGAGGCUGCAGAGCUCGGUGCCUUUACAACGCCUGCAUUUGCCUGUGAGGGCCGGCCUCGGUGCAUUUCGACUUUUUGUCAGAGCACACUGUGUUAGGAUUGAUGUAAGGGCAGCACGUUAUGAUGUCACAGGCUGGAGUUAAUGAUACGAGAACGGAGAGGGGGUGAGAGGCCGUGUUUCCAGCAGUGCCCUGAGAGAGAGAUAGCACCCUGAUCUAUCUUCAUUAUCCCCCCACUCUGCAGCCUUCCAGACACAAUGAUCAUAAAUCUCUGCCUGGAGCACACUUCACUGACACUGAAACACAAACACUAGUAACCUCUGACCUUCUCGCUGCUACUGCCUACGCAUACUCAUCCACGCACACAGACACAAGCACUCACGCACACAUAUAUCCAGAAGUGCGUGUGCAGAGAUCCUAAACACAACCCCCCUGCUUAAGCUCACUGUCAUAAUUUAAUAAAGAGCACAGCAUGCCCUGCACAUUGACGCGCACAGCUCUCAUCAUGCACUUGACUGCACACUUUGACACAAAUGCAUAGUCUCAGUCAACCUGAUGGGAUGUCAUAGACGUCAAAUUCAUGCUGUAGAGUUUGUAUCCCUCUAAUAAGUAACAUAAAGUCAGUUUUUGCAGCGUCCUAUGGCUGUGUUUACUUACAUGUUUCAUUUUACCCAAAUGCUGAUUUAGUAGUGCUAUGUAAACAUUUAAGGGAUUUCUGUUAGCCGUAGUGGCUUCAUAAGCAACACAUAAAUCAAAUGUAAACGAGAUAAGGAUCAGCUGAAGUGCUCUUUGCAGUGUGGCUUAGAUCUGAGCUUCCUGAAUAUAAGGUUUCUGCAAAAAAGGCAACAGCGCCUCUCGCUGCUUAGCCAUUCAUUCACCCUGAUUACGUACAAGCAAAUGCACACACGGAAAAAUGUAUGAAAGGACAUUUUAGGAGGCUCCUGUUGACCAUAUGUGGCUGCACACAGCAAAAAAUAGCAGAGAGGCCGAGUAUGAGUUUUGUUUUAUUUUUUUUAUUAUGGCUUGACUUCAUCCUGGAGGAUAUUGGAGUCGGUGUAUUCAGGAUAAGAUCUUCGCUUGUAUCCGGCCCGUCACUGCGAUUUACAAACAAAAUAGAGGACAGUCAUUGCAGUUCUUACAGGUACCUGGGACGACUGAAUCAAAAGUCCUGCAUGCUGCGUUUGUUGGCGUUUCUUCAGACUGUAAUAGUUGGCAGAAUGAGAAGUGAUGCAUGGCCAAUGUGCCUCAUGGGCAUCGCUUUAGAGGAAGUUAUAGAGUAAAUAGUGCAGAAACAAGUUUGUCAUUUAGAGCAUGCUUCCUGCACUCAUUUUUGUUAGAAAUGGAUUAGAUUGUUUUUCAUGCAGGCAGUUACAUUGAUCUGUUUUUCACUCUUCAGGAAGCAUACAUAGUCUAUCCUCCCUAUACAGAGGUAAACGUCGCCUUUUGAGGUGCCAGUUAAGGUGUGUCUUCUCCUCCCUGUGCUGAGGUUGAGGUGCUCCUCAUAACCAAAACAACUUGAGAAACAUUGCAUUCAGAAAAACAGGGCACACACCCAGAACCACAAACACAUAAACACAGAUCUGAAACAUAUGAUCUCAUAUGGAGAGAGAGGGGCACGCUUAGGGGCACACCCAAAGCCGUCGCUGUUGCUGCCUCUGCCUCUGCUGCUUAACUCUGCCAUCUCACACACAACUUCCCCACAGCUCAUGUGCCACCACUAUAGUUUCACAUGUGGUUCAGGUAGAGAAAUCUGCUGCGUUUUUUUUUUUCUUUUUUCAAACCCCUUAUGUAAACAAGACGUCCAGCUUUGCUUUCCAGAUCCUGUUUUGUAUUUAUUCUCAGUGUGAAUGAUUUAAUUUCUCUUUAAGCUGUUCCAGAGUCGUGACACUUGCAGCCUAAGUCUUUGCAAUAGAGGGAGCAUCUGCUUUGGAAGUUACAGUCAGGAUUUAUUAUCACUGCUCAGAGAAGAUAGUCAUAGACACAUUACAAGCAAUAAAAGACAACGCCAAACACAAAGAGUUACACAAAAACAGCACCUUCACUACAUGCUGGUACAAAACAGACAGAUGGAGCAACAGUCCAACGGGGGAUUUCCAUAAGUUGGUCAUUUUUGGGAUAAAUGACAAAUUAAAACCACCAAGACGUUCAUGAAAAAAUAAAACACACCUGUCUGCUUUUUAUUUGAACAGCAUCUGUGCUAAAUGAAAACACUGUAUUAUGUGUUUGUUAGGACACUCAAACAUCCUCUCCUAUCAAACCCUGACUUUAUUGAUAAAAAAUGAGUGAGAUCACAACACGCACAAGGAGUUUGUAGGUAAACUGUUAGCCAAGAAGAUGAAGGAAAGAAAGAAAGAAGAGAGCGAGAAUUAAAAACAGAAACUGAAGCUCUCUGGGCCUUUUCUUUCCCUCCAGGCACUUUGUGGCUUGUGAAAAAAUGUGCUGUAUAUUUGAAGUGUUGGGUCAUGUGACAAAGGAAGGCUUUAUGAAUCAGAGAGUAUAAUUAUUUCUUAGUGAGCAAAAGGAGAGUGAGUGCGCGCCUGUGUUUGGGGAGCGAAACAGUGAUUUUUAAGAGGUAGAGACUGCGAGAGAGGAGGAGGAGAGAGAGAGAGAGUGGAAGAGGGGGAGUGAGGGAGGGAGUAAGAGAGUGAGUGAGUGAGUGAGAGAGGCUCACUGCUCCUCUGUCUUUGCUGUCAGAAGGACUCUGAUGAACAAACACACAUCUUUUCUGCUUUUCCCCGGCUAGCUGAGUUCAUCAGACCGCUUCAUCAAGAACUUCCUCUCGUCUGUCUGCCGGAUAAACUCCACAACAGGUAAGUCACUUUGACUUCAAACCUCUGAAUUCAGCUACCUUAGUCAUUGUUUGUCCUCUUUUUCCUCAUCCUCCUCAGUUAAAAAAAAGAGAGAGAAAGAGAGAGAGAGAGAGGCUGCAUUUUUUGGUGAACAAGUCGACACUUAAUUGAAGACAGACUGAGUGUGCAAAACACUUCAGAGGCUUUGCGACAAUUAAUCAUAGUUUCCUAAAAUCGGAGCAGAUUUUCAUGUGUAAACACUAAAACAUCCUAACACACAUGUUUGUUUGCAUGCAGUGUUUUAGUUACUUGGUUUGUUUCUACUCUAUUAGCGUGAGAGUGACACCGAGUUUAUAUGCAAACAUACUUGAGCGGUGUUUGUGCCUGCAUGACUGUGUGCACAUGUGUGCUUAUUAGCGAGUGUUACCCUGCGCCUGUGGAGCUCUUUAUUAUUAGCAUAUGUGUGUGUGUGUGUUUUUGUGUGUACAUGCUCGCAUGUGUUUGAUGUGUAUUCACCAGAGGACUCACCAGUCCUUGACCUGUUUUUUUUAUAACCAACAUAUGAACACUUGGAAAAGAGCAGCAUUGUUUUCCACUUCUUAAACAGCACAGGCUGAUUCCUGUGGAGUGAGGUGUGUCUGAAACUCAGCUCUGAGUUUACAUGAAAGUUUAUUCAUUGUGUUCCCAUAGUUAGCAGUGUGUCACUGACGAUUAUUUAUUGAUGCUGGCAUUUGUGCAAGGUUAACAGGUUCCACUUGUUACAGCCGUGUGUAACACAGUGCGUUUAGCAGAGUGUGAUUUGGAUAUCAGAUGAAGAUCAGGGGCCUGAUGUCAGAGUGUAGCUUUGGUUUAUUGCUCCAGCACUGCCUGGUCUGGAGGUAGACCUCUACAGCUGGACUGACUCGACUUUUGCACCUGCUGUGUUUCCCCCUGGUGGACCUGACAUAAGUGUGAGGGACAGUUUGAUUGAAGUGAAAUGAAAACGCACCCAGACUGCUGAAUGAGAUCUCGCUUGAAGGCCGGUGAUAUCUUUUUCGGCCCUCUGCUGUCAUCUGCUUCACCGAUUUGACUCUGAGCUGGUUACAUCUGGAGUGAAGGAAACAGAGCAGAGCAAUAUCGCCACACUAGCCCUUCCACAGCAUCGCCCGUGGGUCUCUCUAUCAAGGACAGGCUGUCCACACAGAGCAGCUUUACCUCCAUGCUGUCCAGACACAGUUCUGCUUGUCCUCAGUGACAGUUUGGAAUCAAUUAUUAUUUGUGCAUGCUCUCAUACGCUCCAGAUGCGUUGUUAGUCAUGAUCCCUGCAUUUGUAAUCACAAGUUUGUUAGCUUUGUAGUCCUCACCACAAACAUUUACCCCUUUUUCUUUGUCGUAAAUAUUUACCAAUCAAGCAUAAGACAGUUAUUAAAAUUCUUUUGUCAGUGUUCACACAUUGUUUUGGUUUUCUACACAGAUGACCUGCAAAACACUGUCUAUAUCAGUGGAAACAAACACAUUUGAGAUCUUUAUCGAAUACAAAUACAAGUAGAGGAAGAUUGACCUCAGUCAGAACUGUAGUCUAAAUCAAAAAGCCAAAUCUAGAGCAAUCAAAAUGUUGGAUUGACUUUAUUGCAGCACCAUCAGAGUAGCUUCCUUAAAAGGGUUCAAGAAGUGUAUAAACAAGUAUGUUUUUAUCCUGUUUUCAAAAGGACAUCACAUUUUAAAAAACAAGUAUGUCAUGUGCCUGUGCUUUCAGGUGUAGCUUCAGUAAAUCCCAAGUUUUAUGGAAAACACUGAAUCAACAGUUGACCCAUAAAAGCUUAUGUGUUGCAAAAUCUGCCAACAGUCUUCCUUUGUGACACGACUUAGAGCUGUAAAUCUGGGAGUUGUUGAUACCUGUCUUUGCUGGAAUUUCUAUAGCAAUUAAGGCCAAGUGGUAGGGAGGGGUUAGACAGGUGGUUUUAGGGGAAUCGAGGGGCUCUCCGCUACCACACUAUAAUUAAGAAGGAAACUAUCUGCAAACUAUUUCCUAUGUCUAUUUUUGCAGGUGUGCUGCUCUGAUUGUGAGGAUUUACAUUUGCAGACUGCGUCCAAGCCCUCAUUAAAAGAUCUUCUGGCACAAAAGUCAAACUUUUGUGAGCGAGUGUGAGUGUGUGUGUUGUUUUGUGCUCGCAUGUGUGUGUUUGGGCCUGCAUGUGUCUGAGUGUUGCUUUGACUCCUGAGGCUAAAGAGCAGUGUUGGUGAAACCAUCCAUUAUGCUUCUCCUUAUACAGAGCAGGGAUUGUUUCCUCUUUGAGUUGUGGAAGAGAAACACCUUUAUUGCUCCACGUGGUGUGAAUCCUCUCUUUAAACCAAAGGGGAAGAAAGAAGUUACUUCACUUUGAAAUUGAGAAAAGCAGCCGCCAUGCUGCUGCCAUUUAGCUCUUUUUCCUUUGCUUUGUUUCCUGUCGCUCUGACUCACUAUUUAACUCUCUGAAUCCUUUAUUUCACCAUCAUCUGUCUUUGCCUUUUCCUGUUGUGGUGUAUUUUCUUGUUUUGCUGGGCCCACUGCUCAAGUCUCCAUGUGGAGUACUCCAAAGAGCUCCACCACAUCAUGGAAACAGCGAUCUGUAAGGAUGACUUCAUCAUGUCACAAAGUGCUUUAUGUCUCACUCUGAGUGAGUUCUCACUCUUUCCAUACUUCUCUCUUUCACCACUGCGAGUCAACACAGGCUGUUUUUGGACAUUUUGUCUAAACAAAGAGUGGAAGGAAAGAACAAAAAAGAGAUCAAGGAUUUAAUGUUUGAUGAUUUACCGAUACCAACACAGGGAUUGCACAACGCCACUCCCUGAUGGCAUUUAAGAAAAACAAUACUCCUUCAAGUGACAAAUGAUUACACAGAGGUGCUACUUAGCUUGGCUGCUGUAAGUAAAUAUGUGUUUGUGCCAUGCCAAGAGUAGGCAGAUGUCAAACAAGUUUGAGGCCGAGGAAUGUGGGUUUGUUUGGAGACACUGGAGCGUCUGUCACUAGGUGUCUCUCUCAGAGCCAUUAGGCCGCCACUCGUUGAAAGACUGGGGGCUGUCAGCUUUGCAUCAGAUAAUAGUGUUAAGGAUAUUGUUGUCACAGCCAAAAUACUGCUGACGCCAGCACCCAGAUCAGAUAACGCUCCAAUCCUGAUUUAAUACGAAGCUUUGCUCUGUGAUAGUUGUGAAUUGUUGAUAGCUCUGUGUUGGCAUAUUGAGUGAAGAUGAUGACAAUGAAUAUUCAUUCUCCUCCAAGCGGUUGGAAAAGCCAGUCUGUCAACUCAGUAAGGACACAGUUUGUAAAAUCACUGCGAUACUCUGCUGUGAUAGUAUGACUUCACCCAUGACCCAAAACUUCAACUGUCUGCUUCAAGCCGUUUUCUUUAACAAACUUAGCUGAACAUAAAUCACUUUAUGAUGUUGACAAUUGGAGGACAGUGCCUGGAAGACAUGCACAACUUUCUUUCCAAGAAAAAAAAGAAGAACAGGAGUGGGCAAGUAAGAGGUGGAAAAAGAGAAAGCGAACUGCCAGGAUACAUGGUACACUUCAUUUAUCUGGAGGCUGCAAAUUUAUAAUCAAUCCUUCUAUUUAAAGUUGACUCAACUAAUUGGUAUUUUUUUAUUAAACCUUUUUUAAAAAUGAUAAAAAUUGUACAUUGUGGCAUGCUUGGUACUUUAAGGAACCCGAAAAGAAACAGAAAGAAGAAAACCCACCCAAUCUCAGAAGUGAAACAAAGAAACUAGUUUCCACAUGAGGCAAAGAGCGAGAAGUGGUUGCGAAAUUCUUACUUCAAAGGCAAUAACUCACCAAGACAAACAUAUUAUUAUAACUCGAUUUAACAUCAAAUACAGUAAUGCCACUUCUUCUUUCCCAGCAAUGAGAAAAACCUUCUGUUAACAUACAAGAGGCGGCCAUGGCACCCAGACCUCUGUUCAUAUGCGCCGAGUAAUCACCUGUGGUUUCUUGUGCUGACUAAAAAAAACACACUCUGCCUUUCUUGGUUGUGUGGUGCAGAGCUUCCUGAGAUGCCGUGAUUUAUUUGUUAUGUUUGAGUGUAGUUCUUAUUGCCUGAGGGGCUUGACUGUGUCACAAUGGUUAAGGCACAAUUGUUGUUGUGCUCACAGAGGAUUUGAUACCCUUUGUUUGACAGACAUUCAAUCUGUGGGAACUGUUCUCUCUCCCCUCUCUUUGUCUUUGUCUUUUUCAUACCCUUGCUCUGUCUUUGUGUCGAAAUUCAAACUCUUCAACAAACAAGACAAUCCCAUUCUCUGUAAGCGUGCCUCGUCUUGUAAGCUGUCUCCAAAUUGUUGACUUGAUUGAUUUCAUUUCAUUUGUGACACGCUGCGCCGUCCCGAUAUAAUCAAUGGAUUAUCUCGAGUGUAACCAAUAACUCUGCUCGAACACGCCAAGCUACUGUGAGGUCUAACACUCAAACUAUUUACAGAAACGACCAAAGUAAAUUUGAACUGGGACAGUGCACCUCUUAGAGAAUGAUGGAAAGUCCCAGCAGCAGCAGCAGCAGUCGUGAUCCCACCCAUGGCCAGCCCCGGUGCUCUUCGCCUGCCUGGCCGCCUGCUGCCUCCUGUGUGCCCCCCAGGCUCAGGGGAAGUGGGGAGGCCCUCCAUGCCCAUUUGGCCCUAGCUAACAGGGGAUGAGGUCACUCACAAAUUCCCCUUAUCCCCUUAUAGCCCCAGACGGACUGGCGAAGUGAGCCUACCACAGGACCCGACAUAAAACAUAAAUGGCUCUGUAAAAAGCUGCUGGGCUGAUGUGACUCAUUAAAAAACGCUGGCGCCAACUCUUUUAUUAAUUCAUUAUUGUGUUUGGGGAGAGUAAAGCUGCUCGGUUCUUUUUUUAAAGGCUCUGUCUGUCUUUACUCUUCAGAUCUUACUUUCGUAGCUUUUUUCGGGGCUCUCAAUGGUUCAAACAUGUGUGAACUAGCAGUGGCACCGUGGUUUAUUUUUCCUAGAAAGGAUUCUGCGCUUGGGUUUCGUGGCUUGAAACUCAUUUAGAGCUUAAUUUUUGGAUGAAUAUGCUGUUGUUUCCUCCUGUGGGAAUACUGAAGUCACAUGCCUACAGUCCUACUCUUCACCAUGAGCCUUCUUUUUCUCACACAUCUUCAUUUCUCUCUCUUUAAACGCCUCUCUUCUCCAGCACUCGCAGACAGAUUGCUCUGCCUUUAAGGGGCCUGCUUUGAGUUCAUGAGGCAGAUACCCAAACGGGCUAAACGCUCGCCAAGUACAUACUCAUAACACACGUGCGUAUACACACUCUCCAACAUACACACACAGACAUACUGUGCGGCUGUGCAUUUGCUGGCAGUUUUGUUUUUUCAGUCUCUGCCUCGUCUCCCAUUAGGCCCACUGUGAAAUCUUUAGUGAUGUUUUUGUGUUAGCCACACAGUGGAACCGCUGCACAGGGUCAUGGUACGAGUUGUAUAAGCAGUAGAGGGAUGGAGACGUCGUGUGGGUGGGGGUAGGGGUAGUGAGGGUGGAGGUUGGGGGAAUGGGUAUAAGGACAUGAUUAUAGAGAGGAGAGGUGGGGUGGGUCUGAAAAGAAAAUCAAAGGUAGUUUAGACGAAGGGAUCAACUCACAAAGUAAUGAAAGAAGGCAAGAAAUGUAAAGAGAAAGGAGGAAAGAGAAAGAAAGAUGGCAGUUUGGCUGCGUUGGCAGGAGGGGGGUGGGUGCCUAUCGGCGGCUGCUCCUUCCUGAAACGUGGCCACCCGAGCCUGCCUGGGCCCUGGAAGCACAUGUGGAACAGUUUACUGUAAUGGAACUCUAAAUUAGUGGUGGUUUGAAGCUGCCUGCAGCAGUAGGGUGUAAUUAACUGGCUCUGUUGAAAGAGAAAGAGCCAGAAAGAGAGGCAGGGAGGGAGCCGGAGCCCUGGAAAAGGCAAAGGGUGAGAGGUGUGUGUGUGUGUAUGUGUGCGUGUGUGUGUGUGAGAGUGUUAGUGGGUGCUCUCACACAUGUGUAGAGAAUUUUUUUUCAGUGCUUGAUUGCAUGUGUUUCAGACUGUGUGCAUAUGUGUGCGUCUUGGAAAGCUUUCCCUCAUUUUCCUGGGCAUGGCGCCACGUCUUAGUGCCCCCCAGUGCCCAGACCCUGUCACUGUUCCUCUGUGCGUUCUUCCCUCAGUUCAGCAGUUCACCGGUUCAGCCUUAGAUCUUUUUUCUUUCCUCCACUCAUUUCUUUGUUUAUACCGAAUUCAUUACCAGGAUUUUUUCCCCUUUCUUUUCUCCCAGAUUCAUAAGCCACAGCAGUUCCAAAUUCCUUGGCUCUGCUCUUUUUCAAAGCCACAUUUAAAAAACAAGAUGAUCGCACCACCCACUCAUGAAAUCACGCUAGGGAAGCAAAAGGCAAAGAAAACACAAAGAAAGAAAAUGGGAGGCUUUCGCAGGUUUUUUCCCCCCACUCUUGUAUUAACAGUCAACAGUGGGGCAUAAGUGUAGCCUUGUCCACACUUGAGUCUGACUUGUCUGUGCCUACUGUGCAGAGUCAAAGUGACGUGCAGACUGUGGGAGGUUUAAGACAAAAUGACUCUGUGGGAUGGGAGUCUGACCUCAAGAAGAUAGUUGGAAGUGACAGCAGCAGUUAGCAAUCAGUGGAUCUCAUUUUCCCUACCAUCGACACCCCCCUCCCUCGUCUCCCUUUUUCAUGCCUCGGACCCCGUGUCUGGGCCUCUGGUCCUGGGGGAAAGCAGCAGAGAGGCAGGCUGCUGUGCUAGGCUGGCAGCAUGAACAGAGGAGCUCUUUAUAGUAGAGUUCUGGUGAUUUAAAUCAUAUGGCAUAGCCUGGAAUCACUGUAGAAGUCUGGAAGCGCUUCAAAACUGCAGGAACAAGAGCUCUCUCUCUUUUUCUCCCUCUCUCUCUUACCCCUCCCUCCCUUGCUCUUCCCUGUUAUAACUUUUUCCAAACUUCUUUCUUAUUUUCUUUUCCCCUCGCCCAGUCCCAGUUUUUCUGGCUUUCUUCUUUCUCUCACAGCUAACUCAUUCUUUCUCUCUUACGCCUUAAUCUGUUUUGGAUCCUGCCGUCCUUUCCUUACUUCCUUUGGCCUUCCUGUAAUGACAUACCUGUUGGUAUGAAGUGUGCACAUCCCUCUUGCAUUAGAAGUGUGAAUAAACUAUUCUCCAUCCCAGAGUGCAGAUGGUUCAAGGGUUUCAGAGUUGAUAUGAGGUGAAACAUGUUUCGUGGAAUUUCAACACAAACCGCUGACUGUAUCAUCGUGUUCAUGCUAAUCAGAAACACUUAUGCUCAUGUUGUAUGUGGUGAAUUUAGUAGUUGGAAAUAACAGAUUUCUCUGCUUUUUCUUCCUCAGAAAAUUGGAUUGGAUGACCCCUCUAAAGUGGAAUCGGACGUUUUCUCGGUAAACCAGUGGCCACAUCGUCACCCAUCCCUCCCCCUCAUCUCCAGAGUUGUCAAAAGGACACAGAUCCCGACGUUUGCCGGUAUUUUCAGGUGCUGCGUGAGCCGCUACACUCACCCAGCGGCCUGCUGUGGACCCCUGGGUGUGCUCCCUCACCAUGGCUACCAACAGGGAACAGCAGGUGGGUCACAUGACCGGCUUCCCAACUGCUGUCUACCCCUUCGCUUUCAACUCCAUGAGAAGCCACUCCCCAUUCGACCUACUAGCCAACAGCAGCCUGUUCGGGAGAUUCGGCGCUGACCUGCCCAAAGAGAUGGCUGCUCUCUGUAAGUCAUUUUCAUCACUGUGUUUGACUUUCCCUCCCUUUCGUGUGUCAUUUUCCAGUUAAACUAUAACUACAUAUACAGCCCCUUACUUUCAUUUGGUCAAUGCACAUUAAACAAUUUGGACGUGCGCUGGAAAAAGGAAAAUGCAGUGAUUUAAAUUGCACUUCAUUAUGUGUAAUUUUGUGGAAAUGGAAAACUUCAGGGUCUGUUUGUGAUAUAGGAUGAGUGGUUUGAAAAAAAAAAUCCCCCAAUGAGCCUGUGAGGAAAAAGUCCACUUUCAUCAGUACAAUGAUUACUCUGCUCCUGUGGUUUCCUUAUAGAUGCUUGAAGAUGGUGUGGUUGUGACCACAAACUCUGGCUCUGGCUUCAGUGUAGUAUGUGUUUAUGUGUGUGCGCAUGUGUGUGUGUGUAUCUGGACCUCUCAUGGAGUUAUAGUGAAGUAGGCAAGCCGCAAGUCUGCAAUUAGAGACAAAACAACAUUCUUUCAAUGUGAGGUGACGACUGCAGUGAGAGAUACUUGAAAAUGAGCUCAGUUUGAACCUAAAGAUGUAUGUUUUAAUCCAAAUGAGCAGACUUACAGCUCUGUUCAUUCUCAUAAAAGAAGGGGUUAAUUAGAGAAAGAAUCAAGUAACCAGACAGCAGCAGCAAGCUGAAGGAGUUUCAGACUUGCAGUUCCGAGCCUGACCACAGGGGGCACUGUUGUAUGCCUUAGCAUAAGGAUGAAAUGAUGUAUGGGACACAGAGCACAAAGAGGAGAUUGUUGGUGUGGAGAGUGUUUUUCUGUCACAGAAAAACCAGCAAGAUUACACACACGCUGUCAACACACAUUACUUAUUGUUACAAACACCUGCUUGUCUGAAAACAAGCAUCAGGAUUCUGGGUCAGGGAGGAGUAUCCUAGGAUUAUAAUUAUAUUGAAGUACUAUCUGCCAAAGAUGUCAAGCAGAAAGAGUAAAAAAGGUUGGGAUGUGAGGUAAAGGUAAGCAGGACUUAUCUGAAAUCUUAUCUGGGUGUAGUGGUAAAGAGGUGGCAGGUGGUGGUGGAGGGGCUGUGAUGAGUGUGUGUGUGGGUUGGGUGGCAACAGCUGAGUGCAGAACCUAAGAGGGCCCCCCUGCCUGUGUGCGCAGCGACCCCCCCCCUUCAUCUCUCUCCCCUACCACAGCAUGCCUGAGCACCUCUCCAGCCUUUCAGCCGUCAAUCACUACCUCACCCCACCCCUCACCCCCAACUUCCCCUCCUUCCUCCUCCCCGCUGCUGCCCACCUAAUCCUCAAGGUAUUUUCAUAGAAGCAGAACUAGCAAAAGAGAGAGAGAGCGAGAGAGAGCACCUGGGGGUAAUGUCUUAGUGUGGUGGAAUCCAAGAACACACCCUGCUAGGAAAACACACAGAAACACACAUGCAAACACACCACCAGAGACACUCUUCCCACUCUCUCUCUCGCUCUCUUUCUCUCUCUCUCUCUCUCUCUCUCUCUCUGUUUCUCACACACAGAGUGCCUCUUUCAUCUAAAAACUAGAAACAUACCCCUGACGCAGAGUGAAAUCCCACAGCACUGACAGAUGGAUUCUUUUUGGUUUUUGCUCUGGCAUGAGUUAAAACAUAAAAACAAGUAUCCAAAGCACAAACAGACGCAGGCGACCACAUGCACCGAGGCUUCAUCCAUGACUGCUCGCACUGACACAUUGACACUGGCAGAAGUAUCGUUCACAAGGGUUAAAGACUGCAGUUAUUCGGUUUAAGCUCUGUGUCAAGGCUUAAAUGGGGCUGGGGUCAAAGAUUAAGUCUGGAUCACGGAGACAAUUAGCUCUGACUCAGCUUUAUGUGGGCAGAUUGACAUUUUUUAGUUCUGCCUCUUUAUUAGCUGACAUCAGCACUAAAGUCAGAUGAGGUUUACUUUGACAUUAUCCACUUUUACCUGAGGUCUUCAUUAUUAUAUUUUUUUCCCUGUGAUCUCAAAACAGGCUUUGAGACUUUGAGAUUGAAGUCGUUGAUUUACGAGAAUAAAGUCAUUACAAGCGAGAAUUAAGUUAUCACUAUCGAGAAUUAAGUCAUUACUCAGAACAAUAAAGCCAUAAUAAAAUCAUUGUUUAAAAGAAUAAAGUUGUAAUAAAGUCCUUAUAUUCUAAGCUGUUGUUUAAGGUGACAGUUGUUUAAAUGAGAGCCAUGGAGCAUCUCGUGAAAAUGUAAUUUAAUAUAGGUUUCUCAAACAAGGAGAUACUCAAUCUUUUGGCACAUCAGCACCACCUUGCCAUAAGUAUCACAAUGAUUUUAUUAUGACUUCAUUCUCUUAAGUAAUGACUUUAUUUUUUGUAGUAAUGACUUUAUGCUAGUUAGUAAUGACUUUAUUCUUGUUAGUAAUGGCUUUAUUCUCUAUAAAGUUAACAAUAAGUUAACUUUAACUUUCUAUAAGUUAACAAUUUAAUCUCAAAGUUUAUUUUUUUUUCUCAAUGUGGCCCUAAUACAUGUUAAUAUAAUAUAUGUUUAUAUAUAUUUUAAUAUAUAUACAUUUUAAUAUAUAUAUACAUACACACAUUUAUAUAUAUAUGAAAAACAUAUAUAUAAACAUAUAUAUACACAGACACACAUACAUAUAUAUGUAUAUAUAUAUAUAUAUAUAUAUAUAUAUAUGUAUAUGUGUAUAUAUAUAUGUGUGUGUGUUUAUAUAUAUGUUUAUAUAUAUGUUUUUCAACCAAUAGAUAUAUUAAGUGCAUAGAUUAAGACUUCAGAUCUUCAGUCUGUUUUUUACUUAUGGAGAAAUGAUUUAUCCUGUAAGUGUUAAAAAACAGGAAAACUUCAGCACAGGAGAUACUCAGAGAUGAGCAACAGUUAGUAAUCUAAAAUUACUGUCAAGAGUAAAACAGCAAGUCCCAACCACACAUUGUUGUUUUAAAUACAUUCUCAGUAAACUCUGUUGUAAUUCUUUGGUAUAUUGACACACUUUUUUCAGCCGUAGACAUGUCCUCCACUUCCUCAAACAAACAAGUGGAGGUUUGGAAGAGGGUGGAAAAUGAUCAGUUGUUGGUUUCGGCAUUUAAAUCUUCCUUUUGUUGUGCCCCAUGACAAGGAAUGUUACAAGGCAUUUUACUGACACUGGUCUCAGUCCCUGCUCUCUUAAAAGUUAGCAGAGAAGACAAAAGGCUUUGGUUUGGACGUUCCCCAGGCUGUUUUUUUUUUUCUUGCUCCUUCUCCCUCUUCUCCAGGAGUUGGCUUAACAGGCCUGCUCAUUGUUGUCAGGGCUGUCUGUGGGCCAGACAGAGAAAAUACCUUCCACAGUAAGGGAGUAGCUCUGCAGAUAUUUUUUUGUGCUUGGGUUCAUGCAGUAAAAUGACACUGCAUUCUUGCCCAGGUUCAUACUUCUGUGUGUAAUUGUUGUGAAAAAGGUAGCCCGGGUGACGCCUACUUUUGUUGGGUGUGCAUGCUGUGCCGACAGGUCGGAGCACCUCCCACGGUGGCGCUCUGUUUUUGCGCCACUGUGUCUUUGGAAAUACCUGUUCUGCACAGAGGUGGGAUCAGGCUUUAGAAGGGGAGGGACGUGGAAGAAGGUUUUUCUUUUUUCUCUUAACUCAUUUCAGUGAUCGAGUCAUGAGUCAACGAUGUUCAAUCACCAUGUGGGUGUGCUUCAGACUGCCACCCUCACCACCCAUAUCUUUAGAAGGGGGCAAAGAUGUUAGUUCAUCCAUGAGAGGGUCUGACGGCUGUCUGUGCAGUCAGGGCUAGAGGCCAUUAUCAGUUGAUCCCUGUCAUUAUGGGAGCCCUUCAAACAAACAGUUGGAAGCCCAUUAAGGCCACUUACUAUGUGAUAACAUCACCACUGAGCCCUGAAACACCUCACUAAGCUUUCACCAAUCAGGGCCGGAGCCCUGGCCCCAAAGCCAGCCACAGGGAUGUUUUGAAAAGCUAGUAGGUCAUUUCCUUCAGACCACAUGGCAAGGACCAAACUCUGAAGUCCUACUGCUGGACUCUGACUAGAUUCAGACCAUAACUUUUAGCUUAGCUAAGAGUGAUGUGCCCUGUAAACUCAGCUGUGAGCAUUGAAGCUGCAUCCCAGAGGGAUCAAAUUAAAGCAUUGUAUUAAUAGAAAGGAAUGAAAAGUGUGUUGAAACUUGUGUGAAAGCUGCCUGAGUCUGCUCAGGUGAGCCUCUGCUGGAGAGAAGGGUAAUAACAACGCUUUUCAUGUAAACAUUGUCGGGUUUGGACUUAAACUCCACAUAAAAACACAUACAUAUAUACGCACAAACAUUGGAUUACCGGCUGCUCGGCUUAUAAGCAUGCCUCCCUGUGUGUGAGUAUGCAUGCUAAGACGUGCACUUAUGCACAUUCAUACGCACACACAAACAGCCAGGCAGGCUGUGAGAAUGGGUAAAAUGUUCCAGUCAAAAAAAUAUCCUCAUGCAAAGUGACAUAAUUAAAAACACUCGAUGCAUUCUUUGACACACACACUCACACACACAAGGAGGUCAUGUUGGCUUAGGGAGCUUGGGGAGUUGCGUAAAGCAGCCAUUUUGGUGGGAAAUGUGGUACAAGAGGGAAUGUAAAAGCAAACCUUUAAAUGGAGGAGAGGGACAGCAGAGUGAAGGCUUCUCCGCUGGAUGCAAAGCAGAGCACAAACAGCUCAUUGUAUGGCUUUAUUUAUUUUCAUAAAGUUUGAAGUGCCGGGUUUCAGCCCAGCACUGAUGGAGGCAGGUUGAUGGGUGGCUGACUGUGAAGGUUUGGAUUCAUCCGUGUGCAGAUGUGGGUAUCCUGUAUAUAUGAGUUCAGGGGUGGAGGGAGAUAAGAAUGAAGCUUUGGAUGGAUGUGAAGAUGGUGAGCUCAGCUGCUGCUCAAACUCACUUCCUAGAAGGCAUAAACUUCCUCACAGACACAGAAAGGUAACCCCCCCCCCCCCUUUUUUUUUUUUUUUUUUUUUUACAGACUCUGACAUCAUCUCUGUCAGAAACAGUGAAAGAUUUAAUGAGACACCUGAGCGAUCCAUCUUCUGUUUGCACUCAAGAGCAAAGUCAAUCCAUCUCUGACCUCUGUCAGUCUUGGUGUCAUUUACUGAUCUCUGUAAAGUGUAUUGAAAGAGGAAAAAUUGCUGCGCCUGCAGGGAAACAUUAUGAAUAAGGAUUCUGAAGAAUUUCAGAGAAAAUUGAAGAAUGGGAGAUACACAUUUGAAAUGGAUAAGAGCCACUUAACGUUGUUGGCAGCAUGUGCAAUCUAAAGUUGAUGUAUUAACUCUUGAAAAAAGGGGUCAUCAUUUGCAAUUAUGACAAGGAAUUAAAUUAAGACUUAAGCGAGAUUUGUUUUUGUUUGUUUUUGUUUUUUUCUCAGAAUGGCACAAAGAUAACUAUCAUCUAAUCCUAUACCUUUGAUAUCUUUUCUUUAAUACUUACCAUUUUGUUCUUCUUUCCGGAAUAACUUUAUUUUUUUUUAUUCCCACCUCUAACAAAUCAUCCAAGAAAUCUUCACAUGUGAGAGUAAGAAGGACCUGGUACAAAGUGGAAGGGUCAGUUCUCAUUUCUUUAAGGGAUUCUAAUUUGCGGAAACCACCCAUUCACUAUACAGCCCAUCAACCAAAGACAUAUAGAAGUCAACCAACACUGAAUAUUGAGCCCAAGAUGAUUUGAGUGAUUAAAAACUAUUUUUUAACCACCAGCAAUCCACAGUCAGUAUUGCGUCCAUGGUAACAAACUGUCAUCAGCCUCCUUGGGGCACAAGUUAAAAUCACAAUAAACAUUUUGUUUGCUGUAUAUUACAUCAAAUGGAGCAUUUCUGGGUAACGUUAGAAAGGUCAGUUCCACCUCUGUUUCACUCAGGGCUUUGCAGUUAAGAUCACAACUUUGGACAUUUUUGCUGAUAUCAGUGACAUCAUGGCUUGAAUUACCUAGCAGUUAGCAACUUGUAUAUGCACUAACCAUUGCCUGGAUUGCUGGACAAGGUCUUUCCAAAGUUUUGCUAUCAUUAUGCUUUAGUACUUAACACACAAUGAAAGAACAAAAUACACAGAUGCAGACUUGGACAGACACAGUGCUGUUGUGUCACUCUGGCUCUGAUGCUGCACAUGGCCUCUGUCUUUCCCCUAUCCCGCCUUUGUGACUACCUGCAGGGGAGCUUCAGAGGCAAUCCAGAUUUUUCCGAAUUCGAAUCAGGUUUUUAAAAACGAGGCAAAAAAAACAUUUAUAGAUACAGAUCUGUGUUCAGAAAAAAACUGCUUAUAUAAAAUGAAUUUAACAUACUACACCUAUUUAAACGCCAACCAGUUUCUGGAUUUGUGUCCAAGGAUUUGAAAGAGCCCUGUGUUUGCUGGCACCAAUGUUGUUGUGAUCAAGAGCUCCAUAAACACUCAGUUCGAGUCCUCUAUGUAGUUGUGUAUGAUGCUGGCGAGUGUUGUGCUGUUCAGCUGUGCUCUUGAUCUAUCAGUGAGACCAGAGACUCCUCUGCUUUAGUAAACAGCUCUGACAUCCCCUCUUUUCUCUCUCUAUAGGCCGACACAAGCCUUAAGAUUACAGCUUUUAAUGGCAGUCUGCUUCUUCUUUUGAACCAAUUCCCCUCACGUUGCUCUGUCAGCUGGUGCUGGCCACAGUUCAAUAGAUAAGAGAGGGAUAGAAAGGCCCAGUUUAUUCUUGCAGCCAAUUUAAGCACCCUCUAAAAGAAGUUUUUGUGAAUCUGAGUGGAAUAUCUGCUCCUGCAAUGAUAUCCACCUAAACCCUGUUGGCUUAUGCACUCUUCUUUCCCUCUCCUCUGUCUCUCUUUUUCUUCGUAGUCCUCACCUUGGAUUUGCUCACGAUAUCCCUUUGUGCAAGUUGGAUCCAACUAGCCCUAAGUGCUGGAAACUGGCUGAAACUUUGCAUGUGUUUGUGUACGGUGUGUGCGUGUGUGUUUUUGCGUGUGCGGGCAUGCCUGUAUGCGUGGAAAGUCAGCAAAGGUUGCUGGCGAGGGGAGAGGCCUCAGUGUACUACAGCUCUGACAUGAUGACAGAUGAAGAUAAAGAGGCUACUAUUAAAAAUGGGAGGGGUCUGCUCUCAGAUGGGCCUUUGUGGGCACGUGCAGGACGAAGAGCGCGCAAUGGCGAGAAAAGGAGGGACAGCUUUUAGAAGGCGAGGGCAGGCACACAGGCGCGGGGAGGGAGGUUAUAAUUUUGGCCUCACAACUAAGAGGUCUUUUUUUUUUUUCCCCCACAAAACACGGGUACUGAAAUGUCAUGACAGUGCAGAUAGUGAGGGAGAAAACGACAAGAGAGCAAAAAGGACGCUGUUGAAAGAUGGCCAAGUCUGAUAGCGCGCCGAAAAGUAGCUCUGUUGGGCCUUCGGUGGGACAAGCAUGUGAACAGAGGCCAACAUGGCUGCCGCUGAGAAACAGGCUCAGUCAUAAGUCACUCCUCACUUCGUCUUUGUCCCUCCUUCUCUGUGACACAUCAGGUAUUUUUAUGAGAAAUAUCACAAGAGCGUCAGAAAGAUUUUGUCUAAAGUUCGUCGUCUAGUCAGAGGUAAAACUUGUGGCUGUUUUGGUAAAGUUAGUCAAGGACGUAAUAAAUAGGUCAACAAAGAAAAACACACUUUUAAAAAACAGAGAAAGUUCACAGGCGCAGAUUUGUUAGCUCCUCCAGUGAGCUACAAAAAAGACAAAUGGCUUGUACUGGAUCUCUGUGUGUGUUUCUGUGUCUGUCUGAGUAAUCUGAAUCUGUCUGUAGUGGGAGGGCGCUCUGAACUGGUGUUUAGUGUCUCUAUCAUCACCGGCAAUCUGUUUCAGCACGUCCACACACUACACACAUGCUCACAUCACCAGUGGAAAAGCCCUGCAUUCCUUUCAAAAUCGCCAAGCUGCGUUUAGCACAUAGGUAUUUAGAAACAAGCUGUUUUUAUUGCCUCACACACCACUGUGUUGUUGACCGCUCGGCUGAAAACCUGAAUGACUGUAUACAGAGGAAGUGGCAACAAUGUGUUGUAUACGUCUUAUCUGUAAUCGGCAUCAGAGUGUCAGACAGUAGUAAAGCCUGAUUUUCCUGGGUUUCAACCCACGUGGAGUUAAAAGCCGACCUGGUACAUCUGGAUCAGCAUCUGCGUCUGCCGUCUAGAUGAAGAGAUGAAGUAUCACCGAUAGAAAAUCCUGUUCUUAAAGAAAGAUUCAAGCGUUUUAAUGCGUGUGAAAGUCCGCUCCAAUCAGAAGAGUUAAAGCAGCAGUCACAGAAAAUGACCAGUGAGUUGGCAGCCACUGAAAAUGAAACAUUUCCAAAAGCAGAAACAAAAGCAGAGAACUUUGUCAACUAAAACAAAUCAUGCAGUCAGGGAAAAAAUGGCCAUGGGGAGCUUGAUGAAAUGGGGAGAGUAUUUGCAGAAACGGGGGGGACUCAUGAGCCAAAGAGUGAGGCAGGGAAGGAGGGAGGGCAGGAUAAGUUUGGGGGGAAAGUUAGUGGCCCAGUGGGGGUUUCUUCUGGAGUUCAACCUCUCUGGCCAGGGAAGGAAGGGGAGGAGGCAGCAGCGGAGGGGUGGGGAGGGGAGGCAGGGACUGGCCUGGGUCAGCAGCAGUAUGGAGUAUGUGUAGAUUAGAUGUCUAAACUCUCGGCAAACCCUCUGAAGCUCUGGAAGACUCACAGUUCACAGUGACGGCUGCCAAUAAACGAAAAACCUGGAAUCAGUGGCCUGAAUUAUAGUCUCAAAAAGCAGUCAAAAGAAAUGUCAAAUCCAGGACGAGUUGGAUAGGCUCCAUCAAUCCUCAUAAACAAAGCAUUUUCAAGUGUGAGCGCACUCCGUAAUAAACUGCUUGUGUUGUGUUUUACCGGUCCGGAGAGCAGCCCCUGGAAAACAAGCCUGGUGUUACACAGAACAUUGAAACACCAGGGAAUUAGCCCGUUUUGAGUUUCCAGGAUGCUGUUUGAAACUUGCUGCUAGAAAAAAAAGACAGGAAGAGACGAAAGACGAGUGUGAGAAGAAUUUUUGCAGACCACAAAAAUGUGACUCGGGGCAGUGAUGAUUUAAUCUGAAAUGCAUCCAGAUCAGAACUUUUUUUUUUUUUUUGUAUGAUUGUCCAAAUGGGUGGAGAGGCAGGAAAAGUUUCGACAGCAAACUGUUAGCAGGAGCAUCUUUGAUAGUUUGUUAGCCUGUCGUACUGUUCUUUUCUUGCUGUCAUAAAGCUUCCUCUUUAUGACCCGGCAGCUGCACCAAGAAACACAUAAAAACCACUGAUGUUGUUUACUCUUUGAUGCUACAAAAGAGCUGCUAAGUAUGUGUCUGUGUGUAAUGUGAGGAGAGAAGCGGGCCGCAUGUAUGCACAACUGUGCGAGUGUGCCAACUUGUAAAAAUAAACAAUAUUUCACUCUCUGUAAGGUCAAUAAACAUUUUAAUCAGAAGUAUUCAAAAUAAGCAGAAAUGUGAAAGCAUGGUUUCUUUCAUGAGACAGGAAGACGAGUGAAGUGUUAGAGGAGGAGGAGGAGGAGGAGGAGGGAGGAGGGAGGGCACUGUGUGUUUAUGGAGAGUGUAGCCAGCAGCACAGAUUGACAGGAAAUGUUGUCUUUUUUGCCUGCUGGGCUGUACCACUUGUACUGGUCUGACAGGGGGGGAGAUGAAUGUGAGGGGUGCACAGGCUAAAGCCAUUCUAUUAUCAUAUAUCUCCCAUUGUAUCAGCCUGUUUGCUUAAGCCCAGCCAGAGUCUAUUCGUCUGCUGAGCAACAGUUAGGACCAGUGACAGGCUUUUUUAUUGACCACAGACCGCCUAUUGAUUUGCUUUGAUUUACCGUCACUCUGAGGGCAGUGCCAUGUUUUAAAUUAAAUUGUUGUGGAUGUACAGAGAACAGCCUGUGUUGUAAGAGGCUAUAUAAGACAUUAUGUAAUACACGUAUAAUACAUUAAAGAAGCUUUUGAUAGAUUAAAAUUAAUGCCAUGCACAACGGCAUCGUUCUCAGAGAUAAAUCACUAACAAGGUCAAGUGAACCUGUGAGAAGUGUGUCCAGCACAUGGUGUGUUUGUAUAUUGAGGGUAUUUGUCUGUGUAAAAGCACUGCUGGGGUUGAGCAAGGCAGGCCCUCAUUCAUCACUGUUAAAGCACUUCCAGCAGGAGAGACAGAAAAGAACUGCACUAUCCUCUGUUUCCCUCAAACAGACGAGAGAAAGGAGGGAGGGAUUUACCCUGGCAUCUGGUUUCUGGGUUCAACCACAGCACAAUGUUCUUUCUCUCUCUCUCUCUUAGGCUCUCUUUCUCACACACAUACUCACCCGGCCAGUGGCUGGACUUUAAUAUGGUUAUGAUUAGAGACGGGGGCUCAGAGGAGGGAGGGGAAAGGGGCUCAUAUUUACUGCAGGGGAAAUGGGGGAGGGAGGGAGGGAGGUGCGAUGCAAAGACAGACAUAGACCAGAUCUGAAUGGGUCACAAACAUGUGUUGAGGGGGUUUUGUUUGCAUUCAGGGCUGAAAUAUGAACUACAAAAGCAGCUCUCACAAAAAAAGCAAGAGAAGAAUGGCAACAGUUUUGUCCUCUAACCAGAUCAGUUCUUCCUCCAGCGCUGUCCUGCCCCCUCUCCCGCCCCCUUCUCCCCCCCCUCCCUCUCCGGCAUUCUCUCUCUCUGUCUCCACCCCCUCUCACAACGUCAUCCUGAGGUAGUUGGUUUGCUCCGCUGUGUCUGGGGCUCAGCGAGAGCUGUGAGAGGCUGUUAUUUAGGUCUGUUACAGCAGACAGGGAGCAGCUCACCCAAGGGCAGGGGGGAGAGUAGAGAGUCAGUCACGCUCAGCUCAGCUCAGCUCAGCUCAGCCAGGCAGGAACCAGAUCUGCAUUCCAGCUGAGGGGGAAAGAGGGGAAACUCCAGCAGCAGCAUCGGCAGGAAAAGGAGAGCAGAGAGAGAGAGAGUGACAGAGUGAGAUAAGUGAAGGUAGCAGCAGAGCCAGCUAGCUGUUGCUGCUGCUGUUUGUUGUUGUGACGUGAGCUGUGGUGGUAGAGGCAGGGAAGGACAUAGACAGCAGUGAGGGCUCAUAGUGAUUUUUUGUCGAGGGUGGGGGGGUUGCAAUGUUUGACUGUAUGGAGGCUCUGGGAAUGGGCCCCCGUCAGCUCUAUGAUGUCACCAGCAGAGGUGCUUGUAUGCUGCGGAAGGCGAGCCCCUUCUUUGCUGGGCUGGACCCCUUCGCUUGGACGGGCAGUGCCAGCAUUCAGUGUAAGUGGCAUCCUGUUUGGAUUGGAUUUCUUGUAUGACACACACACACACACACACACACAUCUCUGUCUCUCUCUCUCUUUCACGCUCCCUCUCUCUCUCCCUCUCUGUCUCUCUGUCUGUCUCUCUGUCUCAUUGCUGGCUUGCUUACCCCUCAGGGCUCGGCCAAAGGGGCUGCUGUCAGGGGCUACAGAGCAGCACAGGAAAAGAGCAGGACAGACAGUCUCCUUUCCUCUCCAUUCCUUUCCUUUCCUCUCCUCUCCUCUCCUCUUCCUAGCCCACGGUCACUCUGAGCUGCUAACCCAUCUGAAAGAAACCCUGCUAUGAUAUGAUAUGUGCUAUGUGUGUGUGUGUCCCUGCUUGAGUUUGAGUCAUGAGUCUGAGCCCAUGGAGUCAAGUUUCACCGACAAUAUGAGCCACCUGAGGUUUGACCUUGCCAGGUGCUGUGUACUAAAAACAAAAGUUUGAGUAUGCACAGAUAAAAAAGACAGAGGAAAAGAGCCGAUGAGUGACAGGAAGAGAAAACACCGACAUUUCAAGAUCUCAUACAUGUGCAGUCUCUGCCAUUCUCAGUCUGGGUACGAAACUACACAUUUUGUUUCUGAUGUAUUUCUGAUGUAAGGAUUUUGGUUGAAGCGGCCUUUUUAAUAAUACAGAUGUUUAAAGUUGAGUCCUGAGUCAGAGGUUUGUUUACCCUCUUUGAUACUAAUGAUAUUCCUUUUGAGGCAAACUGCCAUGAAUAAAUAAGCAGAUAAAUUAUUUAAUGGAGAAAUGGAUGAAUAAAUUAGAAAUGUGGAAUGCAUACACAGGCUGAAGAAGGCAAAGGGAUCUUCAGGCCAGCUUUCUUUUCUCUCUUCAUCUCUGCAAGAGUCUCAUUUUUCGACUUCAGACAAGGCUCGGACUCUAACAACAGGCCUGUCUCUGCACAGACAAAACUGGGGUCCAUUUCCAUACACUUCCAGGGGGCCACUACUGCUGUGAGAGAGCGUGUGAGAGUGGAAAAGGAGUGGGGGUGUAUAUGCGGCGUAUGAUGGGAGAAGUGCGGAGGGAGCUGAGCCAGAUAUGACAGUGGAAAAACAAUCAAGAAUACAAGAAGAGAUAGAGCGGUGGGAUAAACAGAGUGACCGUGUCCUGUUUUUAUUUUUUUUCAGAGUUUGAGUUCUUUCUGUUAUUUUCUGUUUGUUCGUCCUUCUGCUUUUUGUUCCUUUUUACUGCCUCUUGGGGGGAGUCAUCUGUCUUCAUUAAUCGUGAAGACACCAGCAUUUCAGUGGCUGUCAUGCACACUGGCUGAGCUUUAAUGAAGACAGAUGCCCUGUCAGUGGAGGCCGAGGCCAAGGGGGACUCCAGCCGGCCCAGCCUGCUCUGCUCUGCUCAGUCAGGGGAGCCCUGAUGAUAACAAGAUGAGAUUUGUUUAUUUAAUCAAUCAGGCCUCUUCCUUUAACCCAUUCACACACAUGCACACGUUUAAAAUUAGGCCUUCCAGACUCCAGAAAGUACAUUUUUCUUUCAGGGGGCUUUGUUCCGGAAAAAUCAAAGAGAUAAAAAAAAGUCCUAAGAAGCUCGGCUCCUUUACCCCGAGGGUAAGAGAGCCGAGACUAGCGGAGCAGAGCAAAGUGGAGGCUGCUGCGGUGGUGUACUGUUUCAAGCCCUCUGUGCCCAAUAACCUUUGUAAACAAGGCCGCCCUAUCCCCACACAAGGAGCCAUAAUGCCUCUCUUUACUGAAGCAGUUGCCCCUCAUUGUCCUCAUCAGUGAGGCUGAUGAAUUGAUGUUUUAGGCUGAUAUCUCAUUAGGGCCGGCCCAGCUGCACAACAGAGGGACCUGUCUGGCUCCAAAUCACACAAACACGCUCUCUGCACACCAAAAAUAACCAGAGGGUUUGUAAAGAGAGUCACCUGCCCCCAGCAUGAUAGCUAACACAGAAUAACUGAGGUCAAACUUUGUAUUUCCCUGUUUUUGGAGAUUAUUUAGUGGUUCAGAAGAAAGGCCAUUCUUAAACUGUCAGCAAUUGUUUGAUAUUAUUGCAGAAAUGUAAUAAAAACACAUUCCCCCUCCUAAGUUUUAUGAGUAUUUCCCAUUGUCUUGGUGGUAAAUCUCCUGCAGUGAUAAGUGUCACUGACGCUGGCUGUUAGCCCGGGACAGUCAGAGGACUUUAAAGUGUGUGGUCAGUUUUCCUGUUUUUUUGUUCACCAGUGGGAGACCUCAAUGUCAGAGGUUAGUCAGGGGCUACGGCCUGGCCAAUGUCAGAUCUACACCAUGUGUGGCGGCCUUGUCAGCCUUCUGAAAAGAAGACCCUUUCAAUUUAAUGCUCUUAAGUGCCUUCUAGCUCAGAGCUGGUACUACAUCUGAGCUGCCCCCCCCUCACGUAAGGAUAAUGGACACUGAUUUAGUCAUACGUCAAUGAGAACUGAAUUAGUCAACUGCCAGGGAAGCCAUUUGUGAGGGCCUGUGCAGAGCAAUCCCUACUCUGUCAAUGUUCAUUUGCUUAGAAGAAUGAGCCAAUUACGUUUAGCCGUUCUCCAGGGUCACAAGAAGAGUGUGUGUGUUUUAUUUUGUCACCACAACACAUCCCCAGCUCUAUCCUUCCGGACACUAUUUGGAUAUUAAUCGUGAUACUUCCAAGCAAUGCAUACAAGAGGAAGGCAUGGCGGUGACAAAUCGCCGGAGUAAUCUAUCAGUGCGCACAUGCAGUCACACUUCCACAGGCGCGCACACCUCUUUGUUUUCCCCUUAAUGUGCUGUUCAGAUGUGAAUUGAGGAGCUAAUUGAAAUGGGGGUAUAUCUCUGCAGCAAUGGCAGAGAAAGAAGAGCUUCCUGUGACCGCUGGCACAUUCUGGCCCUGAUCAUUUUCUCCCUGAUGGAAGUCCGCAGUUAUUUCAUUAUAAUUACAAAAGAUUCAAUUAAAAGAUUAGAAUGCCUGAGGGGGGCAGAACUGGGGAUAGAUAGUGGUAUCCUGGUGAGGGGAGUGUGUGUGUGUGUGUGUCUGAAGGAGACUUAUAGGUGCAGUUCUAGUGAGGGCUUGUCAGUGCUGUUAUAUAUACAUAAACCUUGUUGAUCCUGUGGAGAUAAUGUCAAAUGAAUGUGCUGAAGUUAAAAGGGCUUAAGUAGUCAGCUGCUCCAAGGUCACUGAGUCGUAAUUGAUAUGCCCGAUGGAAAAAUCUUCACUUGUCUCUGAAAACAAUUAUGCGCCAUACAACUGAAGGAGGAGUUUCAAGUAGAGGAGCAGCUCAAAGUGAAACAUGGAAACAAUUCAGGAGAAAGUCUUUUAAUGUUUGUUUGUUCCAAAGUGUAAUCAAAAAAAAAAAAUAACGAAUUUCAUCGUGUGUUUUGUGGAUGGACUGCAUCUAUUUUGUUAAGCUGCUCUCUGGGAAAGCUGCUUUCAUAUGUAUGCAUAAGUGGAGAUAUUUAUAUGUUCAUUUAUGCAUGUAUGCACAGGCUUAUGCUGUAUAUGGAUAUGCAUUUAUUAAAUGUCUUGAUAUGCAUAAGCUUGGGUGGCUGCAAAAAUCUGAUAUAUACUCUGGACUAAAAGAAACUGACUCAAGCUCAGAAACCAUUACAUUCAACGCAAUUUCUCAUGAGUCUUCCUGUAAAUAGUUAUUUAAUAUUAAUUGUAUCGAAUCACAUUGCGCCGUGGAAAACAUUUUUUCCCCCUGAAGCCAUUUUCAGUAUAGGGACGACUUGUGUUGCAGUAUCACACCGCCUUGCUAACAGAUCUGUCUCAGCCUGAGCCCAUUAACAGGCCAUGCCGCCUAUAAAUAAACAGAUUCAAUCCCUGCAGUUGCUUUAGGUUUUUCCACAGACCCCCACCCCCCCUUUUUUUCAUGUGUGGAUUUUUCUUAUGCUUAAAUAUGAGAGUGUCUCCUGCAUGUGUGGAGUCUGUAUGUGAACUCCUAUAUGUCAAUGUAUCUAGUGUUUACGUGCCUGUUUGGCUGGCGUUGGGCACCCAGACUGCUGUGUCAAAUCCAGAGACAGACAAUGUGCCAGGCUGGAUUCCUCGGGCCUGUGCUGGAAUCCAGCCCUCCUCUAAUAACAGUUUAUAGCCCGUCAACAGCGUCAGUCACACCGCUGUAAAUAAAACUUAUCAACUAUUGAGUAGAGACUAAUUUAUCACUUAGAAACAUUUGUUUGGUUUAUUAGUCAUUAUUAAAUCAGGUACCCUGAAAUAUUGCCAGGUCGUAAUUUAGGUUAAAGUUUGUUUCUUUUAUCAUGGAAGUAUAAAAUAAAGAUUUGUCACAGAGGUAUUGUGGCUGCUUUAGCUGAUCAUUCUUUCCCCUGUAUUAUGACGCCAGCAACUAUGUAUAUUUGCAUGUGCAUUAUGGUGUUUGUGCAUGCAUGGUAGGCAUGCACCUGGACAUUCAUUUUUCCGCAUUUGUGUUUGUGUCAAGUAUAUAUAGGAGCAAGUGUAUGCCAGCUAAAUGUGAGUGUGAAGAGAGCAGUUCUGUUACCACCGUGUUAUUGACUGACGACUUGGCUCGAGCGUUGCCAGGGGAUCACUGUUAUGAGAAGUGAAAGCUCGGACAGCCAAGCAGCGACUGAAACACCCAGACGUGCCCGACUGUCCUCCCUCUGUGUACGUAUGAAUGGGUUGUGUUUACGCAGCCGACAGUGUUUGGCAGGGAGUGGUGGGCGGCUGGUGUAGUACAGCUAUUAUCUGGGCUCAGGGGUGGAGAGUGAUGGAAGAGGAGCUAGCAGUGGGAGGGAGGGGAGGGCAGGGAAGGGCGGGGGACGGGACGGGACCCGUUGGCGUUGUUUUCACUUGGACAUUAGUCAAAUUCUGCCAAUAUGUGCAACUGCCAUGUCCACUUUUCUGGCAGUGGUGCAUGAGCUUAUUUGUAUAUUCCUGCAUGUGUUCAUUUGUUUGUGUGCGUAUAUUUUGCCUUUGUUAUCGCUGAUGGGGGACAGGUGUGUGACAGCCAACAUGCCUGUAAUUGUGUGCUCAGCCGACAGUUUACUAUGAAUGGAAAUGGAGAACUUCACAGAUGCCUCUAUGAAGGCUAUCCAUGUGUUUCUCUUGCGUGAAUCCAGGUUAUUGUAAAAAGCCAGAUUUCAGGAGGAUAUGCGCACAUCUCAAACGCUUUAUUUAUUGAACUGGUUUUUUAACUUUUGAAGACUUACAGGCAGGCAGAAAGUAGUCUACAUCGCACUUUAGGAACAACUUCUUCAUUUUAAUGUCUAUUCUUAGAGCUGGCUCUAUGUGUAGACAUGCAAAAUCUCAGUUUUUGACUUUGAAUUUGUCUCUAAAACAUUUCUAGUUUAAUCUCAAAAGACACCCUUGAAAAUUACUAUGACUAAAAAGGAUGGAAACAGUUGGUUUAUUGCUAAUUCACACAUAUUACACACUCAUGUGUUGGAAAGCAUGGAUACGGACAAUAGCAAAUGUUUUCAUAAGCUGCAAAUGAGUACAGAAUCUAACCAUAUCUUUGCUCUAGUGUGACUCUGCAUUGAAUCUAGGCUGGUUGCAGUCAUACUGUCAGUAGGGCUGAAUUUAUCAGCACCUCACGUUUGCCAGACAACCUCUGAGAGAAAACCAUCCAGCCAAACGGACAGCCAGUUAGACAGGAAGCGAUCCAGAGAAGGAGUUAGGGGCUGCUUGGAAUGAUUUAUGCCUGGUUCUGGAAUGCUGAAUGAGUUCAGGGUAGACUGCUGUUAUGGGAACUGACUGAAUGGGCAAAGCUUGCUCUCUCAGUGACGCGUUUGUAUUCCCUGAAUGGCAAUACUCUAAAUGUCAAUUUUUUUUACACUAUUGCCACAUGUUAAUACCACAUGGAACUUCCAAUACAUCGAGAGGCAGAAGGAAAUGAAUCACUCUCUGGCCCCAUAUCGGAUGUUCUUGACAGCCUCCGCCCAGACAGAGUGUUGGGCAACCUGCUGGCGGUGGAUUGCCAAGCAAAAGCGAAAAACUGAUCUGCAUCAUCGCAGGGCUGAACCACUCAAAGCAAAAGUUUCCCAGAGUUACUUUACAUAUGAUGUGCCUUCGAAAGUUUGUGCCAGUUUAAGGGGACUUUAUGCCAGUAUUGCAACACCUCAUGCACAUGGAGUGCAAAUCACUCAGAUACAGGAAGCCACACUCAUUUUCUGGCUUCCCUUUUACUAUUCAUCUUUCAGUUUUACCCGCAAUCUUUGUGUCUGAUUCUGACUUUGAAUAGUGCUGCUAAAAAAAAAAAAACAACACAUGAGAGUCACACGGUCGUAAAUGCAAAUUUGGAAAUGGUUAAAUCAGAAGUGAAGCCAGAUAGUAGGUUAUAAACGUACGUGAUUUUAUAGAGCUGAUCUGAAGGUAGGGCCUCGUAGGUUAAAAACAAAAAAAAACAAAGAUGGACUCUCAGGCUCGGACAUUUAUAGGUUCAGUAGUAUCAGUCGUGCUCUCCUACUCAUGGGUGUGCAGGUUCCUUUCAAUAUGAGGUUUGUGUGUGCACACUUUGGUCUGCGGUGCUUCCCCAAUGAGCCGGAGUUAAUACUACUGUUGUUGUUUACGUUAUCCUCCUUUCCCCAGACUUCCUCUGACAGAGCAAGGCUGCAGCCACGACUGGGCUACUUCUACUUUUUGUAGGUUUCUAUUGUUGUAGGGAGGAAGCAAUAGCAAUUGAACGAGUGCUAGCAGCCCUGCCAGAGACAGACAGGUGAGAGCUGGGGCUACAGAUGGUGAGAGGAAGUCUGAGAGGACGAGAAACAACCUGAGGAUCAAAGACUCGGGGUUUGCCUCGAUGACUCCUCUGCUCUCCUCUGUCCACACCUCGCCUGUCUGCCCGCCUCCGCACUCUGUCUGCUUCCUCGCCUGCCCGUGAGUUGUCCUGUCCUUUCUGACAUGAUCAGUAGCCCAGGCCUGCACAAGACUGCCAGGUUUGGGUUCACUCUGCAGUCACUGGAGGAGGAGGAGAGCUGUGCUGCUCUCUGUCUUCUGUUGGGCAGAUGAAGAGUCAGCUGGAGCUCACCGCAGGGAUGAGGGGGCACAUUUUUUCCACAGAUCUGCACUUGACUGUCUGUUUUUUUUUGUUUUUUUUCCAGCAUAAGCCAUAAAAGGGGUGACUUGAAUCCUCUCAUUGAAAUCAGCUUUCCUUGAAUUUUCCUUCACUUUUUAAUACCUCCUUCCUCAGGUUUGGUACAAGGACAUUUGAAGGAAACUUUUUUUUUCUUGGUUCAUAGGGGACAAACAGCCUGGUGGGCGAGUUUGUGUGUUUGAAGCCAACUUGUGUGUUUCUUGACAGCGUUGCAGGAAAGGAGGGGGGGGUUCGCUGCCAAAUGUUGGCUUGGCUGACUCCAUCAAGAAAAUAUCAAAAGGCUCUUUAUGAGGUGCUGUAAAGAAGAAAGGGUGUUUUGAGAGCAGCACCAGACUGCAAGGGUAAUUCCACUUUUUAAAAUGUGCCCUGAGGAUACGGGCUUAUCCCACCUGCUGCCUUUCCUGCUCUGCUCCGCUUCUACGCCCUCUUUGGUGGAGCUGUGGAUAAAAAAGACGUGUGAAAUGUGUGUGUGUGCUGCAAGGAUUUGGGAAGCCGUAUCAUGUUUUGCUCCUAAAGUUUUUGUUGUUAACACUUAUGUCAGCCGUGAAUACAUGCCAAAAUGUCCGACACGACACAUAAGCCUGGUUUUGGAAUAAAUGUGUGCAUCAUGUGACGAGUUCUGCCUGUGUUUCUUGACUUUCUGUCGGUUCUGACAGAAGGGUGUAAAUUCUUGGAGGGGUGUGUGUGUGUGUGUUAAUGUCUGGUUUCUCACUACUCCAGGCCAGUUUGGUGUGUUUUCACCUCUCAGACCUGGACCAUCUUCUAGUUUUGCAGCCUAACUUAAUCACAGAGCUUAUUUUAAAAGACAGCAUAGUUGGGCCUCUUUAUGAGACUCUCUGUGUGUGUAUUUGUGUCCACAGGAGCCCAGGUAAUGAGCUUUCUGACAGCUGUUGAAAGGCGUUGCUACUGCUCAGCACCUUUAAUGAAAGCAUCCACCCCCUCCUUGUCAACACACACACUCACACAAAAUCCUCCUUCCCUUCCAGCUUUUUGACUCCUUCACUAUGUCAACUUUUUCUUUCUGAGUUGCAGCCAGGUUACAGUACGAGUUCUUCUGUAAAUCACACAGCAGAGACUUGAUAGACCUUUCAGCUGUAAGUUUGCAAAUGACUCAGCUGUGAAAAAAGCAGAGGUGGCACUUGUGCUGUGGGAAAAAGAGUACACACACGUAGAAAGGUGUAGCAGCGAGGGACACAGAGAGAAGCGGUGACAAAAGCGGUGACGGAGAUCCUCCGGAAAGACUGGUACAGACAAGAGGAAGGAAAUGAGUGUGUGUUGUGUUGGGGCCUUAUAGCAGAAGCCACAGAGGGAUGACAGGAAGACGUGGGCAGAGAAUCAGAGAAGAGAGUGAAACAUGCUGGCACCGCUGAUAAGGGUGUGGUACUUUCUUUUCCUCUUUCUUCAAAGUCACUUCUUCAUAGAGACAUUUCAGUGGGCCUCCAGUCACUUAGCAAGCACCCUGUGGUACUGUAGCCUCUGUUGCAGUGGUAGAGGGCCAAGGGCCCCACAAAGGCCCCUACUAGUAUGCCAGCAAGUCUUCCAGCUCACUGUUCACCAUCCUCUCUCAAUCUGCUCUCCUUCUGCCACUACUGUCUGCCCGAUACACGCCCUUCUUUCUCAGAGAGAGCCCCUCUCUCACACACUGCCUCCAAGUCUAACACACUCUUUUACUGCUGCGCACAUUCAACAAGAACACGCAAGCUUUGCAGGCUGUUAAAUGAAGGUAGAGACUGAGACAAAGGCCUUGCAUGCCCAUGCUUGUGAUUUAACACAGACUGAAAAAAGCAGACUGUAAAGUUUCACCCACACUCACACACGCAUACAUAUACACACACAUAUACACACAUAUACUCACACAUGGGAGGAUAUUUCAGUUCUCUGCUGAACUGUUAUAAACAGUCAUGCAUUUGCAAAUCAAAUAAAGGAGGGAGUGCAGGGAGUGGACAGCGCCCCUGGCUGGACUUGGACACACAUCAGCCCACAUUAACACUUACCCAUAUGUCUGUGCCACUCACUUAUGUACUGAACUGUAUGUACACCAUCCUCAUAUUAAAGACCGCCUGUGCAUUUGCUCCCACAUGCCAAGACUAGACUCCUGGAACAGAAGAUUCAAUCACACCACAAGUCACGUAGACAGAAUCUGCAGGCCUAUUGUGAAAGAACAACUUGUUACCCUGCCAGAAUGUCAUAUGCUGCUCAGUUAAAAAGGAGUGUGUUGCAACAUAAAAACACGAGCUGCAUUGUCAUGCCUUUACUCACAUACAUUAGAAACACUCCCCUUUCCAGCCGAGUGAACAAGAGGCAGCUUCAAUCCUACCAGGAAGUGCCUUGUUUUUCUUUUAUACUGUCCCUCCUUCUCCCUCUCUCUCUCUUUCUCUCUCUUUCUCUUUUUCCCUCCUUUUGUAUCUGUUGUUGAACCUACAGGGACGUCGAUCGGCCCGCCUGACAUGACCUAGAAUUUAAUGUAAUUGACCUAGUUGAAGUCACCUUCAGCCAAACAGCUAUUUCUGUCGUGUGCAGUUACAUUUCACAUCUAAUGAGGUUGUGGAGAAUGAUGUACCGCACAUCCCACUCCAGCUUGAGCACUUUAAUGGAAUGUAGGGGAAGAAGAGGAGGGGAGGGGGUUGUUGUUUGAGGAUUGUUGUGUGUGUUUGCUAGUUUGAAGCCAGUGAAUAUUAUCCUCUUGUGUGCGUUUGUGUGUAUUUUGUAGCCUCUGAAUAGUAUCUGUGUUUAUGUGAUCAGGGGAUUAGGCCUGGUCAGUGCAGCUGGGCCUAGAGAGCAUUGAGAGAGGGGGAUUAGGGAGUAAACUGAUACUGAGCAGGAAACGAACAGUGGCUACUGGUAACCCAACUAUCCCUCCUUCUUAUCCUCUUCUCCUCCCCCAACAACAGCAGCCACCCACCUAUCCCACUCCUCUCAUCUCAUCCGUCUGUCAUCGGCUCACAAGCCUCGGCCGGCGGAUUGUCAUGCAAAUGGUGCCCCGGGCCCUCGGAGCGCUGAUAAGGAGGGCCUCUCAUUUCACAGGGCUUUGUUUUCUAAACAGUGAUGAGCUGAGUUGAGGAGACUGAGGAAAGGGGCUCAUAGCAGCCGCCUGAAUGGGCCCUCUCACUGUGGCGCCCUGGGGUAAGUGGUGCGGGGGAUUUGGAUGGAGUGGACUGAAUGAAGCGAGGUCUAGGAGGCGGGUACAGGAGUCAUGUUCUCUGGCAGGAACCAGGUUCAACGUGUUGACAGAGCCUGAUGUAUUUUCUCAAGUUUUCUCCUGGAGAGGCCUUUCUCUCUUUGGCCUCGCUCUGGAUCUCCAUUUAGACGGCGUCAGUCAGUGUUCGUUACUUGACGCCACAUAUGGUUUGUCCUCUUCUGAGGGGUUGUCAGCGCUCGGUCUGCAGGCUCAUUUGCUGCUGUUAUUAUUGCAUAAACACAGAGGUUCAUGGCACGUUCAGAGGGUUUCUGCUCUCCCAUUGACCCUGCUGCUUUGUUUCAUUCUGGCCAGGGAGAUAUGAGAACUGCUGUAGAAACAUUCAGCGAGCGUAAACUUCAGGUUUUAGAUUGAUUUGCACAUUUGGCUUUGGGACGGGCUUUUAAAACUAAUGGAAAACAUCUUUGCCUCCAGCAAAGUUGGGCUUUCAAAGCCGGAAUUUGAAUGCGGAUUCUGAAUAGUCAAAUAUAAAAACACAUAUGAAAAACAGAUGUUUGAACAGCAGGCUACAAAUGAAAAUGUCUGACAUUUUUCUGUUACUAUCAUUAAUGAGGCGGUAGCUGCAUGGCUGGACCCUGCAGCUGUAGAAGAAGAAGAAGAGGUAGUAAUGGUCAGUUUGGUCUUGAACAAGACUUGCCCUCAGGAGCAACUGUGUCCCAUCCUCCCCCUUUUCCCCCUUUCCCCCUUUCCCCUUUCUCUGUUUUUUAUCAAAUUCCUCUUUUUAUGCCUCCUUUUUGAAGUCUCCCCUCUCUUGUAAAAACCCAAGCUGGUGGUUUUUGCUUCAGCCUUGGGUGUAAGAGAAGGGAGGAGGAGGGGGGUUGUAGGUUAAGUUUAGGCUAGCCCUCUGUGCUUUCCAUUGAAGGUGCUGGGGGGAGGUGGGGGCAGUAAAAGUUAGAAUUUUAGAGCCUCCCUGUUUUUUAUUUUAUGAUUGGCUUUUUUACGGGCUGGGAGCUACAGCUGGUGGUGUGAAUAGCUGCCCAAGGUGACCGAGUCCCAAUAAAGUUUGGGCCAGCCGAGCUGGGGCCUCCAGUCCAGCCAUGGGACCGCCUUUAUAGGCCGCCUUACGAGCCUGGGCCUCUAUUAAAACCUGGCAGGGCUGCACUGAGGAAUUUAGGGCCAGGAAACAAGAGAAAAAUAGGGUUUGUGUGUCAGGGGGUGGUGGGACGCAGAGUCGGGGGUUGAAGUUUGAGGGUAACCAGGGGUGAAAGUUGAAAGAGUGGAUGUUCAAGUGUGCGGCGUAUGGAUUCCAUACUUCCCCCGAGAAACAUGUGUGUCUGUGAGUUUAUGCAGGCUCACAUGUGUGACGAGGGUCUGGUCCUUUGUGUGUGUGUGUGUGUGUGUGUGUGUGUGUAUGAGUGUGUGAGUAUAGCAGCUUAUGUUUCUCCGGGGAAGUAUGGAAUCCACACGCUGCACACUUGAACUUCUACAAACGCUUAUAUGUGUUUCACUUUGGAAAAGAGAGAAGUUUAAUGUACCGUAGCAAGAAUGUGACUCCAAGUUGCGUUGACGUCACAGUCCGAGUUAGCAGGAGAGCUCUACACCAAGCUUUGCACGCAUGUGUGUGUGUUUGACAUGUGUCUCCUCUGUGCAUGCAAGAUGUCAUCAUGUGCAGUUGUCAGACUGUGGAAUGAGGAAGAGCCAGCUUUGAGUCUUGGCUGCUGCAUCUCACUCUCUUACCUGGCCUUAUCAGAGAAACUGUCAAUCACAGCACUUCUGCUUACUGCUGUAAAAAACUGUUUUGUCUCUGCUGUCAGACAGUCAUACUUCCAUUGUUUAUCUGUGCUCACACAGAGUUAUAAUCCCCUCUAAAUAUACACCUAGCUGCUGCCCCUUCAGGUGGUACUCAGUGUUCAGGAGAAUAAACUGUUACUCUUUUGCCUCAUGACCUUUUUUCUGUUUUUAUUACCUUAUCCAAAAGAAAGCAAAAAUAUAUCUCAACACACCAGCUGCACCUAACAGUAACUGACUUUCUCACUGACCUCGCAAAUCAAAGGGAAAAGGAAAUGCUGUCAGCUGUCAUACCUUGUUAGAAUGCACUUAAACACUCUUCACUAUCCUCGUCUGUUACAUUCAUCGACGAAUGCAUAUGUGAUCUUUCAGACUGCGGUAGCUGUCCAAUGGUGAUUUAUGACGUAUCAGUUUCUCAUGGACUUUUUUUUUUUCUUCUCCUUGUGUCUUACAGCGGUGGAGACCCAGAGCACCAGCUCAGAGGAGAUGGUACCCAGUUCUCCAUCCCCACCUCCCCCACCGCGCAUCUACAAGCCCUGCUUUGUGUGCCAGGACAAGUCCUCGGGGUACCAUUAUGGGGUCAGCUCUUGUGAGGGCUGCAAGGUGAGAGAAGGCGGCUAAAAUUUAUUUUAGCUCUGCUCUGACCAGAUAUAUUGUAUACAUUAACAAAAAAAAAAAAAAAACUUUGUCAGAGUAAUUUUUUUUUCUUUUCUGUUUUUGGAUUUUUUUCCCCAUGUUUUUCAGACAAACUUUUUCAGUUUUUCAGACUAUUUUUUCAUUUUGUUUUUCAGACUUGUUGUUUUUCCUAUACUUUAGGAUCAUAAUCAUUGAUCACCUCAGGAUUGGCAUACCCUAUCUUUGACUAAUAACAUGCUUUAUUCUCAUUGACCCCAUAGUCAUGGUUAUUUAGUACCUGGAGACUCCGCUGAUUUUGAGCAGCCGCGGUGAUUACCGUUAUCUGAUUGUAUGAGAUUCUCGUGGGAUUUUGAAGUAUCUGAAGUUUAGCCAGGAAAAAAAAUCGUCAAAAAGACCAAAAAAAUUGUCAGAAAAACAGAAAGAUGAAAAAAAAAUAGGUUGAAAAACUGAAUAAAAAUUUGUCCGAAAAACAGAAAGAAGGAAAAAAAUAUUAGUAAAAAAAAACAUAAGAAGAAAAAGUGAAAAAAAAAAGCAAAAGAAAAAAGUACUAAAAAAAAACAGUUUCCUUUUUUUGUACGUGAAUGCAAUACACUUUCAUUGUUAUCUGCCUUUGAAUCAAGAUGUACAGAAAAAUUCAUUAAUAGAUACUCCUACAUUUCAGUUUGACAGAAAAUGAAAAAAGUCUUUUUACGAGAAAGGAACAUUUAAGUGUCACAACCCUGAUUUAAUGACUUGACUCUAAUACAUAACUCGUGCCUUCCCCCUGCCCUUUCCUCUUUUGUCUCUUGGUUCCUGAUGCUCCAGGGUUUCUUCCGCCGCAGUAUCCAGAAGAACAUGGUGUACACCUGCCACAGAGACAAGAACUGUCAGAUUAACAAGGUCACACGCAACCGCUGCCAGUACUGCAGACUGCAGAAGUGCUUUGAGGUCGGCAUGUCCAAGGAAGGUAAGUCUCAAGAGAAGAAAGAGGACAUACAUCCAAAAAGCAUGAAUCUUUACUCGCACAAACACACAAGAAUAAGCGUGCAGGCACAGACACAAACAAGGCUUCAGAUGUCAGAUACACCUUAAUUCAGCCGAGACAUCUGGGAGCAGUUGAUUUAAAAUCCACUUGGCACAGAUCUGACCUAAUUCACACAGUGUGAACUUAUUGAUCUAUAAAUGCUCACUCAAGAGACUCCAGGAAACUUUCCAGCGCAGAGACAGAAGCAGAUGAUGAGCCUAGCAGGGGUGGUGAUCAAGGCGAGGCUGGGCGCUGUACCAAUCAUAUGACUAAUCGCUUCACCAAAUCAUUCUGACUUCCUGUUUCACCACAAAACCUCGCCCUCUGGCCAACACAGACAACUGCUCUCAUUCAUGAAGACAACAGAGCAGAAAACAGAUUCUGACUUAUGACAAAGUUAAUAUCUGCAGGAUUCGCUCUGUUCGCCUGAGCUGUAGCUCUGUUCAGUGCCCUCCUUUAUUCUUACCCCGUGUGUGUGUGUUUAUUGCUGCGUGUAAAUGGCAGUUUCUUGCCCUUCACAGAGCCCGUGGGACAUGUAUGUGGGUGUAAUGUUUUGUGGGAUGUGUGUUAAGACCGGGAUCACAUUGUGCCUCUGCUAUUACUGGAUAUCCUGGGAGGAAGGAAAGUAUGGGAGGAGGGAGAGGAGGCAGAGAGAGGGAGAGAGUGGAGGCCUGGCUUAUGUGCACCGGUCAAGCGGGAUAGAGAGACAGACGAGGAAGAGAGUGGGUGAUAAGAAAGAGAUAGCCGGUGUCAGUGCCGUGCUAAAGGAAAUGUGGUGAUACUGUUAAGAAGAACCUCAGUUGCUCCUGAGUUCUGGUUUCCACCAGCGAGGGCAAAGUCCUUGACAGGGACAAAGUGCACGAGUGUGGUGGAUGUUUUUUCAUGUGAGCUCAGAUAAAGGGGAGGAAUAUGCAGUAUUGUGUAAAAAAAAAAAAAAAGUUGUGCUAACUGCUUUUUUUUCUUUUUUUUUCUUGUGCAGCGGUGCGUAAUGACAGAAACAAGAAGAAGAAGGAUGUGAAGGAGGAGGUGGUGCUUCCAGAGAGCUAUGAGCUGAGCGGAGAGCUUGAAGAGUUGGUCAAUAAAGUCAGCAAAGCUCACCAAGAAACCUUCCCGUCACUGUGCCAGUUGGGCAAAUACACAACAGUGAGUCCCUCACACACAACACUGCACAACAACUACACAAUCAUACCGUGUGUGGCAACAUUCUCCGAGCUAAGACGUCACUGAAGGCUCCAGCAUUGCAUGCAGAGAUGUAAAUUCACCGUAGCUUUCCCAACACAGUGGUGCUUUAACUAAUUCAGUUCCCCAUUAAGCCAUCUGUGUGGUCUCACUGUGAUUGAUGCAACAUUUAAAUGGAUUUUUUUUUUCCUCCUGUGAUUGAUGUUAAAUGUAAAUGAGUUGUCAGGCUAGGACACGCUCACCCUUGAUGCAAAAAAGGUUGCACACCACCUCUGAAACAACAAACUGAUCCAUGUGUGUGUGUGUGCUUGUGUGUGUGUGUGUGUGUACAGAACUCAAGCUCAGACCACCGUGUCCAGCUGGAUUUGGGUUUAUGGGACAAGUUCAGCGAGCUCUCAACCAAAUGCAUUAUCAAGAUUGUGGAAUUCGCCAAGCGGUUGCCCGGUUUCACCACCCUGACCAUCGCUGACCAGAUCACACUGCUGAAGUCGGCCUGCCUGGACAUACUUGUGAGGAUCCAAUGUCUUUGUUUUUCCUCUUUGUCCUCCGUACUGAACUUAUCUUCAAAAUAAAUGGGUUGACUGAUAAGAGAAUGCUGGCAUCUGGUGGAGAAAUGUGGUAGUGCAGGAGGAUUUGCUGCUCUGUGUUUAUUUUGUUGGAGUAUUUCGACCCACUUUGUACUGAUACUACAUAAACAAACCUUUCUAUGUAUUUUUGUCUGUUUUCUCCUGUGUUUACAAAGUGUUCUUGUGUUGUUAUCAGAUGCUGAGGAUCUGCACACGCUACACUCCAGAACAGGACACUAUGACCUUCUCAGAUGGCUUAACUCUGAACCGGACUCAGAUGCACAAUGCCGGCUUUGGACCUCUCACAGACCUGGUUUUCGCCUUUGCGGGUCAGCUUCUACCCCUGGAGAUGGAUGACACAGAAACCGGCCUCCUCAGCGCCAUCUGCCUCAUUUGUGGAGGUACUGCAGUGGAAAAAUUAGUUUCGGGGGGAGGUUCUUCUGUUUGUUACUGAGUUGAAAGGCAAAUUAUAUGCAGUGGUGUGUAAAAGAAGUGAAGGGAAGACAUUUGAAUCUUUCAGCAAAUCUAAGAAAUAUAAAAACUAUGAAUAAUAAUUGGGAAUUAAGCAUGCUUUCUGCACUGUUCCUCAGAUCGCAUGGAUCUAGAGGAGCCACAGAAAGUCGAUAAGCUGCAAGAGCCUCUGCUGGAGGCCCUGAAGAUCUACGCUCGCCGCCGUCGCCCAAACAAACCUCACAUGUUUCCUCGCAUGCUGAUGAAGAUCACAGACCUCAGAGGAAUCAGCACUAAGGGUUAGUAUUGACAGUUACAAUAGUGAUUUUGAACAAUGUCUGUAAUAGAUCAUCAGCCUUUUACUUCAAAGUUCUGGUGGUGAGAUUCUGAUGUCUGAUAAUCUGAGAUCUACCAUGACCUUGUUUUGUGCCUGCAGGUGCAGAGAGAGCCAUCACUCUGAAGAUGGAGAUCCCAGGCCCCAUGCCUCCUUUAAUCAGGGAGAUGCUCGAGAACCCAGAGGCCUUCGAGGAUCAAACAGAGAGCAACGACAGCCCACCUCCUCCGCCACCACCUCCACCUCCUCCACCACCAGCCCUGGUCCUGAAGCAGGAGGCUGAGGACGAGGAGGACAGCUGGGCCACGGAGAACGGCAGCGAGCCUUCGCCGGAGGAGGAAGAUGAGGACGACGAUGACGACGUCGGGGAUGAAGACCGAGACAGGGGUUCGGACAGUGACGGGGAGCCCUGGGGGGUCCUGGAUGCUAUAGAUGGGUCAAGGAAAGGCCUUGUUGGGAGGGCACAGUGAACAGAUCAUUUCAUACACACACACAUUCAAACACACAUACAUGCACUCUUAUACUUCCACAUACACAAACAUAGACACAUACAACCAACCUCAUUCAGUCCCCCACCUCAAAAUGCUGGCCUCUACCCCCCCUCUCUCCUUACUGCACAUUAUCGUGUCCUCCACAGUGGAGCACAGCAGAGCCUUAUGUGUACAGACAACUCUAACUCAGGCCUCAUGGUCCAUGACGAGUGAUCUACAGACAAAUAAAGUACAGGAGAGAUGACACAACACCGUAUGAACUCCUGGCGUAGCCGAGAGGGAAGUUAACGUGACAAAAAGAACAUAACCUCUUUGAAAAAGCUAACUGUCUCUCUUUUUUUGUUAUUUUUUUUCCCACUGUUGUUGUUGUUGUUGUUGUUGAUAUCUUCAUAGGGGAGCGGCCAAACCAGAACUACGCAGUUAUUUUUGAUGGAUUUACAACAAGCACAUUUCUCAAAAGAAAACAAGAGUACAGGGCAAAACCAAAUCAAAUAUGCUUAUCUUUUGUCUUUGUUGUUAUUGCUUUUGAAUUUGUAGUUUUUCUUUUUUUCAAUUUAUGUAUAAGUCCAUACAUAUCUAUAUCCCAUUAUAUUUUUGUCUUUAUUUGUUAUUCUGGUUUUAUAUCUGAAUCCUCUAGACAUGUUUUUUUUUUUCUUUGGAGAGCUUUCCUGAGAAGAUAUUCAGAGGGAAAGAAGGGUAAUAAUCAGAACUGGCUGGGUCUUCUUUAGCAGCUACACAUGCUUAGCUGGGGGCUUUUUUGUUUUUGGGCACUUUGGCUCACUGUGGAUGUCAAUGAUAAUCAACCCAGAGAAUUAGUGUUACGUUGCAGUGACUUAAUCAGUUUCUGUUAUCAGGGAAUUGGCAUUACUCAAGUUUGAUGUUGUUACAGCCAAUUUAAAGUUGUCUAUGCGUAAAGUUAACUAUCUUUGUGCCAAAGUUCGAGGAAGUCAUCAUUUUGGAGUUUGGAAAACUGGCAGGGACUUCAGCCAUGAUCCAGCAAUCUUCACACACACACACACAAACAUACAUUUACACACACUUGAUCUUCUCCUUUUCUUUCAGCUGUAACAGAGGUGACAACCUGGAGCUAGUGCUUGAACAGAGAUUUACAAUUUACACCACAUAUGAAGCACUUUUGUGAUCCUCUGUUCUGUUGUUAUCUCUGGUAAUAAGUCCAAAAUUGAUGACAAAAUCAUUACACAGAAAACAAUCAAUCCUUAAGCACUCCCUGAUGAUGUCAGUGGUCAAACACACAUAUGCACACUCUCAGCACAGAUACCAACAUCCACACAAAGUAGCAAACAUUAUGCAGUGACACAGCGAUCGAAGACAUAUGCAAAGUCAAAACAGGAAUCCUUGUAGAAGACGUUUUGGAAUCAGACUCAGGGCUUUUCAGUAAGGACCAAACCCUAACGCUGCUUUCAGGCACGCUAGGAACAGGCAAUAUUUAUGUGUGUAUUUCUUAAUCCGUUUUUGAUUAGCUCACCUACCUUCCUCUGCGUGUACAUAGAAGGAGACAAGUCUGGAAAAACAAGCGUGGAUGCCAGUUUGACGCUCCCUAAAGAGCAGUAAAACAAAUUCACCAUCAUCAUGGCUGCUCUGCUGGUUCUCACGCUGGCAUCCAUGCAGCAUACUGCCUUUUCAUCCCAAAAGCCAUUACAUCAUUUUGUCUUCUUCAGUAGAUCCUCACCUCUCUGUUUAGGGGAGCCGUGGAGGAUUUUGUGUUCUUAUGUAUCGUUUCUUUAUUGCCAAAACGUCUCAGUUGGUGAUCAGCUGGGAGAGCGUUGGCUGAUACACAGCACAGAGGGGUUUUCUUCUGUCUGUCUCUGAAGCAAUAUGAACAUUCUCUCUGUAGCAGCGAGAUCUCCCGUCUUCUGAACACGGGCGGCUCUCCUCAUUUUGAAUCUUGUGCGUGCGUGUAUGUAUGUGUGUGUGUGUAUGCAGGCAUGUAUGGAUGUGUGUGUGUGUGUGUGCGUGUGUGAAUGCUUUAACAUGUUCAGUCAUUGGGUGAAUGUCCUCAGCAUGGUGCUGUCUCACACACACACACAAAAAAAGGUGUGACGACCUCAUCCUCUUUCUCUCUCUCUGCUGGGCUGUCAUGACGUUAAUGAUGGCGAUGCAGACAGAACAUUGAGAUUAUGUUGUUUUUAUGUUUUUGUUUAUUUUCAACAUGGCCAAGGUGUUGUCUACCCUGUUUAUGUCAACUCUUGUCAUACAAAGAAAAGCCAUAUAGACAGUAAGAGGCACAAUAAACUACUUUUGUGAGAUUA